GGAUAUUUUUUUAUCAUUACAUGAGGCCAUCUGCUUCUGCCAGUUGUUUAAUCUGUGGUUUGGCUCAUGACAGAUUUGUUAAAACAAAGGUUAAACAUUUUUAACCAUAGAAUGUCUGUUUCUAAUUUCUCUGUUUAACUUUUGUUUAUGGUUAUAAAAACUGCUUUUGUUUAACUUAUUUUGUUUAUUUGGCAUUAAAAUGUCCGAGAAAAUCAAACGAUCAAGUAGAUUCUCUGAAGCUGAGGAAAAAAUUCUGAUUGCAUUAAUUCUGGAAAAAAGGCAUAUUUUUGAAAAUAAAAAAACAGAUGCUUUCUCAUCAAAAUUAAAAGAUAAAACUUGGGAAGAAGUGGCACAACGUUUUAAUUCAUCGUCACUUGAAGAAUUUCGAACUCCUAGAGUUCUCAAAGAAAAAUACAAUAACCUAAAGCGACUCCUUCGAAGAAAACAAAAACAACAAAAACGUGGAAUUCUAGAAGUUGAUGAUAAUGAUGAUGAUGAGUUCCCACCAAAAAAGAAAACAAAAGAAAAUCUGCUUCAAGAUCUUAACGAUGUGAUAUGUUCGAGUUCGAGUGCCGAUGGAAUAGAAUCAAGAUUGGAAGGCGACGGCAACGAUGACAACCCUAUAUUUGAGGAACAAAUUUGUGAUCAAAUUGAUUACAAAGAAGAAACAUUCGAAUUAGUGAAUGACGACUACACUGAUGAAGAUGAAGAAGCAUCUGCUGAAAAUGCCAAUGACGAGGAAACAGGAGAAAUUGUUGAAAUACAAAUAAAUGACGUAAAACCUUUUGUUGAUUAUAGCCUUAUAACGAAACACGAACCGAAUGAUGCUCCAAAUCCAAAUACAACUAAAAACAACAACACUAAUUUAAAGGAACAAAUUCUUAAACAACAGCUCCAUCAUGCUAGCUUGCAGCAUGAGCAAAAAAUGCAAAUUGCUCGUUUGGAACACAAGCAGAGAAUGCAACACUUAAUGGAAGAACAUAAAAUGAAAAUUAGAGUUUUGGAAGCUGAAUUAAGAGUAAAGAAAUCACUUAUAAAUUUUGAUUAAUUUGAAAAUAUAUAUUUUUAUAACGAA